AUGAUGAGUCGAGACCACAAUGAAAACGAUACGAGUUUGAUUCGGAGGAGUAUCACGGAUGGAAGCACUUGCGAAACAACACCAAGUGAUGAUAUAAUACUUGCUUCAAUUGAUUCGACAAACAUUUUCUCUUCUUUAUCACCCAAAAUCCUUUUUGAAACAAAUCAUGGUAAUUCAUCAUCAGAUUCAUGUGAUUUUUCAUCACCACAACAGACCGAAGAGAAACAAGGAGGAAACUAUGAUAUUGAUGUUUCUGGACAAACCAGUUCCUUUCGAGGAUCACAACAACAUUGCCCUGAAUCACAACAACAAGAGCACAUCAAAAUAAUGACAAGAGACAGCCAAGAAGCCUCCGAACGAGGUCCAACACGAGAAGAAAAACAAACACAAUAUUCACUAUUUGGAAUGCUUCUUUCGUUUCUUUCCUUCUUGGUUUGGUCUUUGAAUGUAAUUUUGCAACAGUUGCAAUCGGGUUGGAUCUUUUCACCUCUAGAUUUCGAUUAUUUCCAGCCAAACAUCAUGUUGGCAAGAGAAAGAACAGAAGAAGAUGAGCAUUUGAUCAUAAAAAACCAGUCAUCAAGCGAACAAUCAUCAGAAGAGUCCUCUUCCCAUCAUCAUUCAACGACAAAUAAUGAGAGAAAAAGCAGUCUAGUGUUGUUUAUCGAUGACGAACCUCCUCUCGUCACAACAACAAGUCAAGAGACCACUGACGUUCAUCCACCAACUCUCACUAAGAAACUCUCAAUCAGUUUACUCGAAAUUGAAAAUUCUCUACCUAAAGCGAUCCUUAAUGAACCACAGAAGAUCUCCCGGCUAUCCUUCCGAAAAUCCAACACCAAAUCACCAACUCUUUCAAAAAUACCAUCCUACACUGGACGCACAAUUAGUCCUGACCUAGAUCCUGAGCAACUAUACAAACAUCAACGAGAUGAAAUGAUCUACCUGAAGCAUCAUUUAAAUUGUUUCAAAUUUCCUCAAACAAAUGAUAAGGAAGGUGAGAGUAGGUGA